UUGAGACAGUUAAAAGAAUUAAAACAGCAGAUUAUAUUGAUUUAAGAAUUAAUAUAAAACAAUAGAAGAUUGAAGAAAGACAAGAGAAAUGGGAAAAUCCCCCAAGUGUAUUGAAAAAUAGCUAAUAUUAUUCAUACGAAGAUUUGACUAUGAGAUGAUUAAAUGUUAAAUGAGAGAUGUAUCCUAUCAAAUAUCUGUUGUACAUUUAAGUCCUACAAACUGGUACUAUUUAAAUGCAUACAAUUUCCUAUGGUUUGUUGUGAUAUCUGAUAAGCGACUGCUUAUGUGAUGGAAUUCACAGUGGUAAAAAGUGCUGGAGUAAAAAUGUUAACUCACUCUAAAAAUUUUCCUCUGAAAUGUCCAAUAUGUGAGCAAAGUUGUCCAUCUCAAUCUGCAAUGAAGGUCCAUAUAUUAUAUCACACCGGAGAGCGUCCCUUUAAAUGUUUGACAUGUGAGAAAACAUUUUUCCAACUAAACCAAGUAAAGAGUCAUUUGUUGAUACACUUUGGGAAGUCUCCUAUAUUAGGGGAAUCCAUUAAACUCCAAAGCCAUAUGAAGGAGCAUACGCAAAUUCAUACAAGACCCUAUAAGUGCACUACAUGUGGAAAAUCCUUUACAACAAUUGGUAGUAUGAAAAGACAUACAUUGGUCCAUACAGGUGAGAGACCUUAUAAGUGCACUACAUGUGAAAAAUCAUUUACUUUCAAAAGUGUUUUGAAGAAACACACAUUUGUUCAUACAGGGGAGAGACCUUAUAAGUGCACUAUGUGUGGAAAAUCCUUUGCACAAAUAGGCAAUAUGAAGACACAUAUACUUGUCCAUACAGGUGAGAGACAUUAUAAGUGCACUAUGUGUGAAAUAUCAUUUACUUCCAUAAGUGAUCUGAAGAAACAUACAUUUGUUCAUACACGAGAGAGACCUUUUAAGUGUGCUACAUGUGGAAAAUCCUUUACAACCAAAGGCAAUAUGAAGACACAUACAUUGGUUCAUACAGGAGAGAGACUUUACAAGUGCACUACAUGUGAAAAAUCAUUUACUUCAAAGAAGUAUCUGAAGUCACAUACAUUUGUUCAUACAGGAGAGAGAUCAUAUAAGUGCUCUACAUGUGGAAAAUCCUUUGCAAGAGUAGACAAUAUGAAGACACACACAUUGGUUCAUACAAAGGAGAGACCUUAUAAGUGUACUACAUGUGGAAAAUCCUUUGCAAGAAUAGGCAGUAUGAAUAAACAUACAAUGGUUCAUACUGGAGAGAGACUUUACAAAUGUAAAUAAGUGUAAUAUGUGUGAAAAAUCUUUUAGCCUACUUUCAAAUAUGUCAUGAAGAAACAUUCAUUGGUACACAGGAGAGAAACCUCAAAGUGUACCACAUGUGUUUGCAUUCAUAAGCUGUAUGAAGAAGCUUUUUAAAAAGGUUUAUAUUGAACUACUGACUUACCUCGUCAACCUGAAUUAA